AUGGCCCUGGGCCUGCCUCUGGCUGGAUUGCUGGCCCUGGUCUUGACCGCCAUGGGGCCACUCUCCCCGGGGGCCAGGGCAGGGGACUGCAAGGGGCAGCGGCAGGUACUUCGGGAUGCGCCAGGCUUCGUGACGGAUGGUGCGGGCAACUACAGUGUCAAUGGCAACUGUGAGUGGCUCAUCGAGGCCCCAAGCCCCCGGCACCGGAUCCUCCUGGACUUCCUUUUCCUGGACACAGAGUGCACCUACGACUACCUGUUCGUGUAUGACGGUGACUCGCCCCGUGGGCCCCUGCUGGCCAGUCUGAGUGGGAGCACCCGGCCUCCCCCCAUCGAGGCUUCCUCGGGCAAGAUGCUGCUGCACCUCUUCAGCGACGCCAACUACAACCUGCUGGGCUUCAACGCCUCCUUCCGCUUCUCGCUUUGCCUGGGGGGCUGCCAGACCCACGGGCAGUGCCGGCCCCCAGGCGUGUGCAUCUGUGAGCCGGGCUGGGGCGGCCCUGACUGCAGCCAGCAAGAGUGCUCUGUCUACUGUGGCAGCCAUGGUACCUGUGCCUCGCCUCUGGGACCUUGCCUCUGUGAGCCUGGCUUCCUGGGACAUGCCUGUGACCUGCACCUGUGGGAGAAUCAGGGGGCUGGCUGGUGGCACAACGUGAGUGCUGGGGACCCUGACUUCUCUGCCCGAGUUGGGGCAGCUGGUGCCUUCCUGUCCCCUCCAGGGCUGUUGGCUGUUUUUGGAGGUCAGGAUCUCAACAAUGCUCUGGGCGACCUUGUCCUAUACAACUUCUCCUCCAAUAGCUGGGAGCGCUGGGACCUCAGUCCUGCCCCGGCUGCCCGUCACUCCCACGUGGCCGUGGCCUGGGCUGGCUCCCUGGUGCUGAUGGGUGGUGAACUGGCUGACGGUUCCCUCACCAAUGACGUGUGGGCCUUUAACCCACUAGGUGGGGGCCACUGGGAGCUCUUGGCACCACCCGCCUCCAACUCCUUGGGACCCCCAGGCCUGGCCGGCCAUGCAGCAGCCCUCGUGGAUAACACCUGGCUCUAUGUGUCUGGUGGCCGUACCCAGCAUGACCUCUUCUCCUCUGGCCUCUUCCGUUUCCGCCUCGAUGGUGCCAGUGGAGGCCUCUGGGAGCAGGUGAUCCCAAUGGGUGGGCGACCUCCUGCCGCCACUGGUCACUCCAUGGUGUUCCAUGCUCCCUCCCGUGCCCUGCUUGUCCAUGGGGGACACCGGCCCUCCACUGCCAGGUUUUCUGUGCGUGUGAACUCCACUGAGCUCUUCCACGUGGAUCGGCGUGUGUGGGCCACCCUGAAGGGCCGGGAUGGGCUUCAGGGCCCAAGGGAGAGAGCCUUCCACACAGCCAGUGUCUUGGGCAACUACAUGGUGGUCUAUGGGGGCAAUGUGCAUACCCACUACCAGGAGGAAAAGUGCUACGAAGACGGCAUCUUCUUCUACCAUCUGGGCUGCCAUCAGUGGGUGUCAGGGGCUGAGCUUGCCCCACCCGGGACCCCUGAGGGCCGAGCAGCACCUCCCAGUGGCCGCUAUUCACAUGUGGCAGCUGUGCUUGGUGGUAGUGUCCUGUUGGUGGCUGGGGGUUACAGUGGCCGGCCCCGUGGGGACUUGAUGGCCUACAAAGUGCCCCCCUUUGUGUUCCAGGCACCUGCGCCAGAUUACCACCUGGACUAUUGCUCCAUGUACACAGACCACAGCGUCUGCUCCCGAGACCCCGAAUGCAGCUGGUGUCAGGGGGCCUGCCAAGCUGCACCUCCUCCUGGGACCCCCUCAGGGGCUUGCCCGGCUGCCAGCUGCCUGGGUCUGGGCCGCCUCCUGGGGGACUGCCAGGCCUGUCUGGCCUUCAGCAGCCCCGCAACCCCGCCCCGGGGACCCGGCACCCUAGGGUGGUGUGUGCAUAACGAGAGCUGCCUCCCACGACCCGAGCAGGCCCGCUGCCGUGGGGAGCAGAUCUCAGGCACUGUGGGCUGGUGGGGGCCAGCGCCUGUCUUCGUCACCUCCCUGGAGGCCUGUGUUACUCAAAGCUUCCUUCCUGGCCUGCACCUACUCACGUUCCAGCAGCCGCCCAACGCCUCCCAGCCCGACAAGGUUUCCAUCGUGCGCAGUACGACCAUCACACUGACACCCAGCCCAGAGACAGACGUAUCCCUGGUCUACCGUGGCUUCAUCCACCCUCUGCUGCCAGGGGGCCCGGGUGGCUCGGGAGCUGAGGACGUGGCUGUGUGGGCCCGGGCCCAGCGUCUCCAUGUCCUGGCUCGGAUGGCUCGUGGCCCAGACACUGACAACAUGGAGGAAGUGGGGCGCUGGGUGGCUCAGCAGGAGAAGGAGACUAGGCGGCUACAGCGCCCAGGCUCCGCCCGCCUCUUCCCCCUGCCUGGGCGGGGCCACAAGUAUGCAGUUGAAAUUCGGGGCCAGCUCAACGGCUCCGUGGGCCCUGGACACAGCGAGCUCACCCUACUGUGGGACCGGACUGGUGUGCCAGGCGGCAGUGAAAUCUCCUUCUUCUUCCUGGAGCCCUACCGCUCAGCUGCCUGCACCUCCUAUUCCUCCUGCCUGGGCUGCCUCGCGGACCAAGGCUGUGGCUGGUGCCUGGCCAGUGCCACCUGCCACCUGCGCCAAGGUGGGGCCCACUGCAGCGGUAAUGGGACUGGUGGGUCCCUGCUGGUGUUGGUGCCCACCCUCUGUCCGCUCUGUGAGGAGCAUCGAGACUGCCACGCCUGCACCCAGGAUCCCUUCUGUGAGUGGCAUCAGAGCACUAGCCGAAAAGGGGAUGCGGCGUGCAGCCGGCGGGGCCGGGGCCGGGGGGCCCUGAAGAGCCCAGAGGAGUGUCCCCCACUCUGCAGCCAGCGCCUGACCUGUGAGGACUGCCUGGCCAACUCCAGCCAGUGUGCCUGGUGCCAGUCCACCCACACCUGCUUCCUGUUUGCUGCCUACCUGGCUCGGUACCCACAUGGAGGCUGCCGUGGCUGGGACGACAGUGUGCACUCGGAGCCGCGGUGCCGGAGCUGUGACCGCUUCCUGACCUGCCAUGAGUGUCUGCAGAGCCAUGAGUGUGGCUGGUGUGGCAAUGAAGACAACCCCACACUGGGCCGGUGCCUGCAGGGGGACUUCUCGGGACCCCUGGGUGGGGGGAACUGCUCCCUGUGGGUAGGGGAGGGCCUGGGACUGUCCGUGGCCCUCCCGGCCCGCUGGGCAUAUGCCCGCUGCCCCGAUGUGGAUGAGUGUCGCCUGGGCCUGGCACGGUGUCACCCGCGGGCCACCUGCCUGAACACACCCCUCAGCUACGAGUGCCACUGUCAGCGGGGCUUUCAGGGUGAUGGCACCACGCACUGCAACCGCACGUGCCUGGAGGACUGUGGGCAUGGGCUGUGCAGUGGCCCCCCUGACUUCACCUGCAUGUGUGACCUGGGCUGGACGUCUGACCUGCCACCACCCACACCUGCCCCGGGACCCCCUGCCCCCCGCUGCUCCCGAGACUGUGGCUGCAACUUCCACAGUCACUGCCGCAAGCGGGGGCCUGGCUUCUGUGAUGAGUGCCAGGACUGGACGUGGGGGGAGCACUGCGAACGGUGUCGGCCCGGCAGCUUCGGCAACGCCACGGGCUCAGGUGGCUGCCGGCCUUGCCAGUGCAACGGGCAUGGGGACCCACGCCGGGGCCACUGCGACAACCUCAGCGGGCUCUGCUUUUGCCAGGACCACACCGAGGGCGCCCACUGCCAGCUCUGCUCGCCUGGCUACUAUGGGGACCCCCGGGCCGGUGGCUCCUGCUUCCGGGAGUGUGGGGGUCGUGCCCUCCUCACCAAUGUCUCUUCUGUGGCACUGGGCUCUCGCCGGGUUGGGGGGCUGCUGCCUCCAGGUGGGGCGACAAGAGCUGGCCUGGGCCUGUCCUAUUGCGUGUGGGUUGUGUCUGCCACUGAGGUGCUCCAGCCAUGUGCCCCUGGGACUCUCUGUCCCCCACUCACCCUCACCUUCUCCCCUGACAGUAGCACUCCAUGCACGCUGAGCUACGUCCUAGCCUUUGAUGGAUUCCCUCGCUUCCUGGACACUGGCAUUGUCCAGUCGGACCGCAGCCUCAUUGCUGCCUUCUGUGGCCAGCGGCGGGACAGACCCCUCACCGUGCAGGCCCUGUCUGGGCUGCUCGUGUUGCACUGGGAGGCCAAUGGCUCCUCCUCCUGGGGCUUCAAUGCCUCGGUGGGCUCUGCCCGCUGUGGGUCUGGGGGACCUGGGAGCUGUCCUGUCCCCCAGGAGUGCGUGCCCCAAGACGGGGCUGCAGGUGCCGGGCUCUGCCGAUGUCCCCAGGGCUGGGCUGGCCCACACUGUCGUAUGGCCCUGUGUCCUGAGAACUGUAACGCCCACAACGGGGCAGGGACUUGCAAUCAGAGCCUGGGUGUGUGCAUCUGUGCUGAGGGCUUUGGGGGUCCCGACUGUACCACAAAGCUGGAUGGUGGGCAGCUAGUCUGGGAGACCCUCAUGGACAGCCGCCUCUCAGCUGACACUGCUAGCCGCUUCCUACACCGCUUGGGGCACACCAUGGUAGAGGGGCCUGAUGCCACUCUCUGGAUGUUUGGGGGCCUGGGCCUGCCCCAGGGGCUGCUGGGGAACCUGUACAGGUACUCGGUGAGUGACCGCCGGUGGACACAGAUGCUGGCAGGAGCUGAGGAUGGGGGCCUUGGCCCCUCCCCCCGAUCCUUCCAUGCAGCUGCUUAUGUUCCUGCUGGCCGCGGUGCCAUGUACCUGCUGGGGGGACUCACAUCUGGGGGUGUCACUCGUGACUUCUGGGUCCUCAAUCUCACCACCUUGCAGUGGCGGCAGGAAAAGGCCCCUCAGACCCUGGAACUGCCCGCCGUUGCAGGCCACACCCUUACCGCUCGCCGUGGACUGUCUCUGCUUCUGGUGGGCGGCUACUCCCCAGAAAAUGGCUUCAAUCAGCAGUUGUUCGAAUACCAGCUGGCAGCUGGCACCUGGGUAUCUGGAUCCCAGAGCGGGACACCCCCCACAGGUCUCUAUGGUCAUUCAGCCGUCUACCACGAGGCCACGGACUCCCUGUAUGUGUUUGGAGGCUUCCGCUUCCACGUGGAGCUGGCUGCCCCAUCCCCAGAACUCUACUCCCUGCACUGUCCUGAUCGCACCUGGAGCCUGCUGGCCCCUUCUCAGGGGGCAAAGGGUGCCUCCAACCCCACUGGCAAGAUGAGAACUGUGGGCAGUUUUCUCAAGCAGUCCAUGCUGAGCCCAGGGCGCUCCUGGCACGUGUCUCCCCACUAGCCUCGUCCCCGGCUUUUCCAUGCUGCAGCCCUGCUUGGGGACACCAUGGUGGUCCUGGGGGGCCGCUCGGACCCUGACGAGUUCAGCAGUGAUGUUCUGCUCUACCAGGUCAACUGCAAUGCCUGGCUGCUGCCCGACCUUACCCGCCCAGCCUCUGUGGGACCCCCGAUGGAGGAGUCUGUGGCUCAUGCUGUGGCUGCAGUGGGCAGCCGCCUUUACAUCUCUGGGGGCUUCGGGGGCGUGGCUUUGGGCCGCCUGCUGGCUCUGACUCUGCCCCCAGACCCUUGUCGCCUGCUGCCCUCACCUGAAGCUUGUAACCAGUCUGGGGCCUGCACCUGGUGCCAUGGGAACUGCUUGUCUGGGGAUCAGGCCCACAGGUUGGGCUGUGGGGGCCCACCCUGUUCCCCAAUGCCUCAAUCCCCUGAGGAGUGCCGACGUCUGCGGACCUGCAGUGAGUGCCUGGCCCGCCAUCCCCGCACUCUGCAGCCAGGAGAUGGAGAGGCAUCUGUCCCCCGGUGUAAGUGGUGUACCAACUGCCCCGAGGGCGCCUGCAUUGGACGCAACGGCUCCUGCACCUCUGAGAACGACUGCCGAAUAAACCAGCGAGAGGUCUUCUGGGCCGGGAACUGCUCUGAGGCUGCAUGUGGGGCUGCCGACUGUGAGCAGUGCACACGGGAGGGCAAGUGCAUGUGGACGCGGCAGUUCAAGAGGACAGGGGAGACCCGUCGCAUCCUCUCAGUGCAGCCCACCUACGACUGGACCUGCUUUAGCCACUCCCUGCUGAACGUGUCCCCAAUGCCAGUGGAGUCAUCGCCCCCACUGCCCUGUCCCACUCCUUGUCACCUCCUGCCCAACUGUACCUCCUGCCUGGACUCCAAAGGUGCGGAUGGGGGCUGGCAGCACUGUGCAUGGAGCAGCAGUCUCCAGCAGUGUCUGAGUCCCUCCUACCUGCCCCUACGAUGUAUGGCCGGAGGCUGCGGGCGGCUGCUCCGAGGCCCCGAGAGCUGCUCCCUGGGUUGUGCCCAGGCAACACAGUGUGCCCUGUGCCUACGACGUCCCCACUGUGGCUGGUGUGCCUGGGGUGGCCAGGAUGGUGGUGGACGCUGCCUGGAGGGUGGACUCAGCGGCCCCCGGGAAGGGCUGACAUGCGGGCGUCCUGGGGCCUCCUGGGCCUUCCUGUCCUGCCCUCCUGAGGACGAGUGUGCUAACGGGCACCACGACUGCAAUGAGACUCAGAACUGCCGCGACCGGCCACACGGCUAUGAGUGCAGUUGCAAGACAGGCUACACCAUGGACAAUGUGACGGGACUAUGCCGCCCCGUGUGUGCCCAGGGCUGCGUGAACGGCUCCUGCGUGGAGCCCGACUACUGCCGCUGCCACUUUGGCUUUGUUGGCCGCAACUGCUCCACCGAGUGUCGGUGCAACCGCCACAGCGAAUGUGCUGGCGUUGGGGCACGGGACCACUGCCUGCUCUGCCGCAAUCACACCAAGGGCAGCCACUGUGAGCAGUGCCUCCCACUAUUUGUGGGUUCAGCCGUGGGGGGCGGGACCUGCCGGCCCUGCCACACCUUCUGCCGGGGCAACAGCCAUGUGUGCGUCUCCAGGAAGGAGCUGGAAAUGGCCCGGAGGGAGCCAGAGAAAUACUCACUAGAUCCAGAGGAGAUCGAGAACUGGGUGUCUGAGGGCCCCAGUGAAGAUGAGGCUGUGUGUGUCAGCUGUCAGAAUAACAGCUACGGGGACAGAUGUGAGAGCUGCCUCCACGGCUACUUCCUCCUGGACGGGAAAUGUACCAAAUGCCAGUGUAACGGUCACGCGGACACAUGUAACGAGCAGGAUGGGACAGGCUGCCCUUGUCAGAACAACACAGAGACGGGCACGUGCCAGGGCAGCUCUCCCAGUGACCGCCGGGACUGCUACAAGUACCAGUGCGCCAAGUGCCGGGAGUCGUUUCAUGGGAGCCCACUGGGUGGUCAGCAGUGCUACCGACUCAUCUCAGUGGAGCAAGAGUGCUGCCUGGACCCCACGUCCCAGACCAAUUGCUUCCAUGAGCCCAAGCGCCGGGCCCUGGGUCCCGGCCGCACAGUUCUCUUUGGUGUGCAGCCCAAGUUCACCAACGUGGAUAUCCGCCUCACCCUCGAUGUGACCUUUGGCGCCGUGGACCUCUAUGUCUCCACCUCCUAUGACACUUUCGUGGUCCGUGUGGCCCCCGACACUGGUGUCCACACUGUGCACAUCCAGCCACCCCCGCCCCCACCACCCCCACUGCCCCCUGCUGAUGGUGGACCCCGGGGGGCCGGGGAUCCAGGGGGACUAGGGGCUGGAAGUGGGCCAGGCACCCCAGCAGAGCCACGGGUUCGGGAGGUGUGGCCCCAUGGCCUGAUCACCUACGUGACCGUGACGGAGCCAUCAGCAGUGCUGGUGGUACGUGGUGUGCGGGACCGGCUGGUCAUCACCUACCCGCACGAGCACCACGCCCUCAAGUCGAGCCGCUUCUACCUGCUCCUGCUGGGCGUGGGAGACCCAAGUGGGCCCGGAGCCAAUGGCUCCGCUGACUCGCAGGGCCUGCUCUUCUUCCGGCAGGACCAGGCCCACAUUGAUUUGUUUGUCUUCUUCUCCGUCUUCUUCUCCUGCUUCUUCCUCUUCCUCUCACUCUGUGUGCUCCUCUGGAAGGCCAAGCAGGCCCUGGACCAGCGGCAGGAACAGCGCCGGCACCUGCAGGAAAUGACCAAGAUGGCCAGCCGCCCCUUUGCCAAAGUCACGGUCUGCUUCCCACCAGACCCCGCUGCCUCAGCCCCUGCCUGGAAACCGGCGGGACUCCCACCACCCACCUUCCGCCGCUCAGAACCCUUCCUGGCACCUCUGCUGCUGACUGGAGCCAGUGGGCCCUGGGGACCGGUGGGAGGGGGCUGCUGCCCGCCGGCCUUGCCCACCACUACAGCUGGCCUGAGAGCUGGUCCCAUUACCCUGGAACCCACCGAAGAUGGCAUGGCGGGCGUGGCCACGCUGCUACUCCAGCUCCCUGGUGGGCCCCAUGCACCCAAUGGCGCCUGCCUCGGCUCAGCCCUGGUCACACUUCGGCACAGGCUGCAUGAGUACUGUGGAGGUGGUGGGGGUGCUGGGGGCAGUGGGCAUGGGUCUGGUGCAGGCCGGAAGGGACUGUUGAGCCAGGACAACCUCACCAGCAUGUCCCUCUGA